GCCUAUACACCCAUGGCACCACCACACGCAAGCAAGAAGCGCGCGGGCGGCGCCGGCGCCUCGCCCUCAGCAAAGAAGCAGCGCACCGAGCGCACCGACCGCGCACCACGGGACGACCACGCCGCGCCCCGCGCCGCGCCGGCCUUCACCUCGGCACUGCAGUCCGAGGAGGUCGACUUCCCCCGCGGCGGCGGUUCGAGCUUCACCGCCCUCGAGACCAAGCAGAUCCGCGCCGAGGGCCAGCGCGAGGCCGACGCCGAGGCUGCCAGCUCCGCCGGCAAGAAGCAGCCGCGCAAGGUCAGCGAGCGCCACGCCAAGCGCAUCAAGAAGAGCAAGAGCACUAUCGACGCCGAGCGUGCCGAGCGCGACAAGGACACUAUCCGUGUCGAGGAGCUCAGCUACAAGCGUCUGGUACCCGGCACGCAUGUGCUCGGCCGCGUCCACACUGUGCUUCCGUUGCAUCUCGUCCUCUCGCUCCCCAACAACCUGCUCGCCCACGUGCCCAUCACUGAGGUCUCGGCGACGCUCACCGCCGCGCUCAACAAGGACAUUGACGCCAUGUCCGAGGAUGAGGAGGAGGAGGAAGACGACGAGGACACUGGCGCCCCCGAGCUCGCCGAGCUCUUCACCCCAGGGCAGUAUGUGACCGCCAAGGUGCUCAACCUGUUCCCCACCGCCAGCCAGGACUUUAUCGCCCAGUACCCUGUGUCUGAGACGACCCGCCUCGCUGCCCGUGUCGAGCUCACCCUCAUCCCCGAGAAGAUCAACAUCGAGAUCGCCAAGGCCGACGUCGAGGCGGGCUUCCGCAUCGUCGGCGAGGUUCUCUCCAAGGAGGACAAGGGAUACCGUGUCGGCCUCGGCCUCGAGGACGGCGCCGAGGGCUUCAUCUCCAACGACGAGGUUGUGGCCAAUGUUGAGGCCCAGGUCCUCGUCCCCGGCCAGCUCGUCGCCACGACUGUCGCGUCGCUCACUGCCGGCGGCCGCGUCGUCCAGCUCUCGCUCAACCAGCAGACGCUGAUUCACUCCAGCAUCACUGAGGUGUCCAACAUUGGCUCGCUCCUCCCCGGCCAGCUCGUCUCGUGUCUCGUCACCGCCGUCGUGCCCUCCGGUCUCAACGUCAAGAUCGCCGGCUUCUUCGACGGCACCAUCGACCUCCAGCACCUCGGCCUUGGCGAGGCCGACAUUGACGACCGCUACAAGAUCGGCAAGAAGCUCAAGGCUCGUAUCCUCUACGACACGGUCGCGUCCUCUGAGCGCCGCUUUGCGCUCUCGGCCCUCCCCCACAUCUUCAACCUCGCCUCGCCCCUCGCCGCCGACAAGAAGACGCCUCUCGAGCUCGCCGUCCCCAUCGGCAAGACCCUCCAGUCGGUCAAGGUUAUCCGCGUUAUCCCCGACUGGGGAGUCAUCUGCCGCACCGAUGACGACCUCGAGGGCUUUGCCCACAUCUCGCACCUUGCCGACGAGCGCGUCGCCUCGCUCUCGGCCUCUACCGGCCAGUUCAAGCCCGGCACCUACCACCGUGCCCGUGUCAUCGGCCAUUCGCCCCUUGACGGCGUCCUGCUCCUCUCGUUUGAGGAGAAGGUCCUCAACCAGGUCUUCAUGCAGGUUGGCGAGCUCGAGGUCGGCCAGGUCCUCAAGGGUACCAUUCGCCGCCUCUCCGACAAGGGUCUCUUUGUCAAUGUCCAGGGCAGCGUCGACGGCGUCGUCUGGCCCCUCCACUACGCCGACAUCCGCCUCAAGCACCCUGAGAAGCGCUUCAAGGUCGGUUCGAGCAUCAAGGUCCGCGUCUUCGCCAUUGAGCCUGCUCGCAACCGCGUGGUCUUGACCGCCAAGAAGUCGCUCGUCGAGUCCGACCUCCCGGUCCUCAAGUCGUUCGCCGAUGUCAAGGCCGGCGAGAUCACCCCCGCCGUCGUGUCCAAGAUCCUCGACAAGGGCUGCAUCGUCGACCUUUUCGGCGGUCUCCGCGCCUUCAUUCCCCAGUCUGAGGCCAGCCAGAACUUCAUCGUCAACCUCAACGACAUCUUCUUUGUCGGCAAGCCCGUCAACGUUCGCAUCACUGAGGUUAACGAGGACUCCCAGAGGCUCGUCGCUUCCGUUCGCCAGGCUCUCCCCACUGCCAUCGCUGCCGCCAAGCUCGAGGUCGGCGAGGAGGUCAACGGUAUCGUUGCCCAGAUCCACGCCGAGCAGGUCGUUGUCUCGCUCGUCCCUAGCCAGCUCACCGCCCUCCUCUCGCUCAGCAACCUCUCCAACCACCGCGGAAUGGGCGUUGACGAGCUUCGUGCCUCGCUCAAGGUCGGUGACAGGAUUGACGACCUCGUUGUCGUCUCCAAGAACCCCACCUCUGGUCUUCUUAUCGUUGCCAACAAGCGUGUCAAGGGCACCGUCAAGGCCGCUUCCGGCGUCUCUGCGUCCGCUCGUGCGAUUGACGAGCUCGUCGUCGGCGAUGUUAUCCCCGGCCGCAUCAUCGCCAAGAACCCUCAGGGCGCCAUGGUCAAGCUCGGCAACAACGUCCGUGGCCGUGUCGCGCCUACCGACUCUGCCGACGAUCUCGCCCUCGCUGCUGGCGACGGCGCUCUCAACGUCGACGACACGGUCAUGUGCUACAUCCUCAAGGUUGACGCUGCCGCGCGCAACAUUGACCUCUCGACCCGCAAGUCGCGCGUCCAGCCCGAGGCCAAGGACAUCAAGAUUGUCGACCCCGAGAUCGCCUCGAUCGCUGACCUCAAGGAGGGUCAGGCCAUCCGUGGUCUUGUCCGCAGCGUCGCCAAGAACGGCGUGUUCGUCUCGAUCGGCCGCAACGUCACUGCCCGUGUCAUGAUCAAGGAGCUCUUCGACGACUUCGUGAAGGACUGGAAGUCGCGCUUCACCGUCAACCAGCUUGUCUCGGGCAAGAUCCUCAGCAUCGACGCCGACAACGAGCUUGUCGAGAUGACGUUCAAGUCCAAGUCCAGCCCCCAGAAGGGAGCCAAGAUCAGCAUCACCGACUUCAAGGAGGGCCAGAAGGUCACUGCCGUCGUCAAGAAGGUCGAGCCCUACGGUCUCUUCCUCCGCAUCGACGGCUCCAACAUCAGCGGCCUGUGCCACAAGUCGGAGAUCUCGGACAACAAGAAGCAGGACGUCAGCCAGGCGCUCAAGGGCUUCCGCGAGGGCGACCAGGUGCGCGCCGUCAUCACGUCGGUUGACGCCGACAAGGGCAAGCUCAACUUCAGCAUCAAGGCCAGCCACUUUACCGAUGAGUUCGCCAACGGAAAGGAGGACGGCAUGGAUGUUGACGAGGAGGAUGAUGUCAAGGAGGAGGGUGACGAUGACGAGGAUGAGGACGACGACGAGGAUGAAGAGGGCGAGGAGCUGAAGCUUCUUGGCUCUGACGACGAGGUUGAGGACGGAGAGGAGAACGAUGACGAGGACGAUGAGGAGGAGGAGGGUGAUGACGACGAUGAGGAAGAGUCUGACGGUGAGGAGGAGGAGGAGAUCGACACCGCCCCUGCCCACAGCUCCAAGGCUCAGAAGCGCGUCUCGACCGCCGGCGGCUCCACUGCCCUCUCCCUCGCUGGCGGCUUCGACUGGAGCGGCUCCAAGCCUGAUGGCGAGUCCGACUCGGACUCUGACUCCGAGUCCGAUGAGCCCGCCCCCAAGGCGUCGGCCAAGGCCAACGGCAAGAAGAAGGCCGUCGACCUCGCUGCCACGGCACCUGGCGAGGGCCAGCCCGAGACGGCGUCCGAGUUUGAGCGUGCGCUUCUUGCGUCGCCCAACUCGUCAUUCCUCUGGAUCCAGUACAUGUCGUUCCAGCUCCAGCUGCACGAGGUGGACAAGGCGCGCAAGAUUGGCCGUCAGGCACUCGAGCGCAUCGCGUUCCGCGAGGAGGAGGAGAAGCUCAAUGUCUGGAUGGCCCUUAUCAACCUCGAGAUUGGAUUCGGCACCGACGAGAGCACAGAAAAGGUCUUCAAGGAGGCCGUGCAGUACAACGAUGCGCGGACCGUGUACAACCGGUACGCUGACGCUCUGAUUGCCGCUGGCAAGAACGAGCUCGUCGAGCCCGUCUACCAGAAGCUUCUCAAGAAGUUCUCUGCCUUCCCCGACUCGUGGGCGCGCUUUGCCGAGUUCUACCUCAAGAGCGGCAACGUUGAGGCUGCUCGCGCGCUGCUGCCCCGUGCGCUGCAGUCAUUGGACAAGUCGAAGCACGUCGAGAUGACCGAGAAGAUGGCCGUCCUCGAGUUCAAGCACGGCGAUGCAGAGCGUGGCAAGACGCUGUUCGAGGGCAUUCUCGACCGCUACCCCAAGCGAUUGGACGUGUGGAACGUCUAUGUCGACCAGGUCGGCAAGACGGGCGACAUUGCGACCGUGCGGAGUCUGAUUGAGCGGGCGCUGGCGCGCAAGUUGACGCAGAAGCGAGCCAAGUUCCUGUUCAAGAAGUGGCUCUCGCUCGAGUCGCGCAUCGGCGACGCGGCGGGCCAGGACAAGGCCAAGGCGCGCGCACGGGAAUGGGUUCAGGCCAACGCCAAGCCGGCAGAUGACGACAGCGAGGAUGAGGAGGAGGAGAGCGACGACGAGUAGACGGAUACGGCGAAGCAUUCAUAUUGGUACAUCGUUCAUGCACAUUAGAUUCUGAG